AUGAGAGGUUUCAGAGCUCUUCGUGCUGCUAGCAAAGCCCAUACAGCUGCCUCCAGGUCGAGAAGAUUCAGCUCGACGGCAGAACUGCGGAAAGCAGACCCCCAAGCUGUCGCCGAUGCGUUUCUCUCGAAAUUUGCCAACGGCCAGAUCUUCACACGCUCCCAGCUGCUAGACGCGAACCAACUUCGGCUCUUUUCACUUACACUCGACCGACCAAAUCUAUGGCCAGGAUCGAAAAUAGCUUCAAGUCACCUGGAGGAGGCUGAGCCAGUUGCGGGGACGCCUAUACCUCCGGCCUACCACUGGAUCUACUUCACUCCUGCACAAUUGCCAGGUAUUCUCGGCCUUGAUGGUACCGAUGCUUCCUUCAACCCCAAUGCACCAUUUACUCGGCGAAUGUGGGCGGGAGGUUCGGUCGAGUGGCCUGGAGCAGACCCUUCCUCUUCCCAGAAUCACUACCUUCAGGUUGGCGACACCGUUACGGAAACAACCAAACUGCUGAGCUGCGUCCCCAAAGUAAUGAAGGAUGGGAACGCAAUGCUACUAGUUGGGGUUGAGAAGCAAUAUCACGACAGCAAAGGCAAUCUGUGUUUGCUCGACCGGCGAAACUGGGUCUUCCGAGAGGCUCUGGAUCCCUCGAAGCCUGCUCCAAUUCCCAAAAAGCCGUCAGAACUCUCACAGGCAGAGCUGGAUUCACGAGACAAGGGGAGUGUGGUUCGAGAAUAUAACCGGGACGAACUUCAACUAUUCCGCAUGUCGGCUUUGACCUUCAAUGGCCACCGAAUCCACUAUGACAAGCCUUGGGCGACCGAAGUCGAGGGUCACCGGAAUAUUGUGGUGCACGGUCCACUGAAUCUGAUUGCCAUGCUAGAUUUGUGGCGGGAUGAGACUGUCAACCGAAGGCUGGGCAAGGGCAGAGACGAGAUCAUCUACCCCCGAAAGGUGGAUUAUCGCGCAACAAGCCCCGUCUAUGCAGGGGAGCCUUACAGGGUGUUGAUGUCUGCGGAUGGAGCAGCGCAAAAAGAGACCGAGCUGAAGGUGGUAAGCAACGACAACACUACCUGCAUGAAAGGGACAGUCUCUAGCUGGCAGUGA